UCUUACUAAUAACAUGCAAUAAUUACUUCUCCAACGAUUGAACAACAUUAACAAUGUCCAGUUCGCUCAAAGAAGUGUAUGAGAAGUGUGAAGAGUAUACCGCCUUCUACACCGGCGGAGAUAUUCAAUGGACGACAGAAGGAGCUCGCCUGUUGUGCCAAUGUGGUGAUGUUAUAAAGGUAAUCGAUAUCAACACUUUUUCUAACAUCCUUGUGAUCGGGGACUCCGAAGAUGGCGCUGAGAAUGACCAAAUAUACACUUUUCAAAUGUCACAUGCAAACAAUAUUGUGGUCACUGCACAUAAAAGUGGACUAAUCAAGCUAUGGGACAGAGAAACUGGUAGACAGGAGAAAGUAUGGAGAUCAGGACAUAAAGGUCCAGUUGCCAGAUUAGCAUUUGAUUUAUCUGAUGACAAUAUUGCAUCAGGUGGAUCAGACGGUAGUAUAAGAUUAUGGGAUCUUGCACAUAACACUUGUACUAGCAGUCUUCGCGGUGCUAUGGGUGUCUUCACAGUGCUAAAAUAUUAUCCUGACUCAUCUAAACAGCUAAUAUUUGGAGCGGCAGAUGAUACCAAAAUUAGAUCAUGGAACUCCAAAACUGGAAAGGAGCACAUGGUAUACUCUGGUCAUUUUAGUAAAGUAACUUCAGUACAGUUCACACCUGAUGGGCAACAUAUGGUCAGUUCUGGUAGAGAUAGAGUACUCAUUCUUUGGAACAUUAAUGAAAGUAAAGCUUUAAGAACAGUGCCAGUUUAUGAAAGCAUUGAAGCAACAGUGCUUCUUCCCCUUGCAUUUAAAAUACCUAACUUUAAAAAGAAAGUAGAAACUGAAGGUAUUUAUGUAGCAUGUGCAGGUGAGAAGGGAAUUGUUAAAGUGUGGAAUGUGCAAAUGAGCCGUGUUAUGUAUGAACAAACAAACAGUCUGGUUUCCCCAGCUUCUGAAGAAGGAGGCUUAGCAAUUACUCAUUUACUGUUCAAUGAAGCCAGAAAUGUAUUGUCUGUUGUGACAGCUGACCAUAAUAUCAUAAUACAUGACUUAGAAACUUUUGACUGUAUGAAACAAAUGACUGGAUUCACAGAUGAAGUUCUAGAUAUAAUUUUCUUGGGUAAAGAUGAAACUCACCUUGUAGUUGCCACUAACAGUCGUGACUUGAAAUACUAUGAAAUAGAUAAUAUGAAUUGCCAGAUUGUAAAAGGACAUACUGAUAUUGUCUUGGCCCUAGCAAGGUUCCCAACUAGGCCUGAUAUGUUUGUAUCUUCUGGCAAAGACAAUUCUGUUAGGAUUUGGUUUCAAGAUACAAAUAAUGAGAUUAAAUGCUUGGGUGAAGGAGCUAGGCAUACAGCUUCUGUAGGUUCUGUUUUUACUGCACAAACAUCUAAUGAGUUCUUCACUUCAGUGAGCCAAGAUAAUUGUUUAAAAAUUUGGACUGUGCCUAAAGAAACUGAUAGUUUUGAUCGUAAACUUAAUUCCAGUCACACUGAAGUUGCUCAUCAGAUGGAUAUAAAUUGUGUAACUGUGUCGCCUAAUGAUAAGAUGAUAGCAACUGGUUCUCAAGAUAAAACUGCGAAACUUUGGACUGAAGAGUUGUCUUUACUAGGUAUAUUGAGAGGACAUAGAAGAGGUGUAUGGUGUGUUAGAUUUUCACCUGUGGAUCAAGUAAUACUUACAUCUUCUGCUGAUUCAACAAUAAAACUUUGGUCGAUAGCUGAUUUGAGUUGCUUGAAAACAUUUGAAGGUCACGAGAGCUCCGUUCUCAAGAUUGAGUUUAUGAGCAAAGGCCAACAAAUUAUUUCGAGUGGUGCAGACGGCCUGUUGAAAUUAUGGAACAUAAAAACUUCUGAAUGUAAAAUGUCACUUGACAAUCACGACGGAAAGGUAUGGGCGUUGGCUGUGAACAAGUUAGAAUCUUUAGUGAUUACUGGAGGAUCGGAUUCUAAGCUUGUUAAACUAAAAGAUGUCACCAUUGAACGUAAAGAUAAAAUGGCGAAAGAGAGAGAAGAAAUAAUACUCCAGGAGCAAGAAUUAAUGAAUCUAUUGCAUGAUAAAAAAUUAGUCAAAGCACUUAAGCUAGCGUUAAGGAUGGAAAGACCAUUACACGUGUUAAAGAUUGUAAAUGAAGUACUAAAACAUGGACAUGAAAAAUUAUUUGAAACAUUAAAGGAGAUUAAUCACACACAGAAAGAGACAUUGUUGAAAUUUGCAGCUGAAUGGAAUACGAACAAUAAGCAUUGUCACGCUGCUCAGCUGGUGUUUAAUAUUUUGGCGCCAGAAAUCAUCUCUGGAAACUUAAAAGUGCCCGCUUUAGCUAGUUUCAUUGAAGGGGCAUUACCGUACACAGAAAGGCACUUCGAAAGGUUGACUAACUUAAUGCAGGAUCUAAAUUUCAUCACCUUUACUGUAAAUUGCAUGCAACCACAUGGUGUAAAAGAUUAGAUUAGAACUAAUUCUUAAAUAAACGUUAAUUGUAG